AUGAGGAUGUCCGAGCUUCCUCCGGAUUUGUUAGAGGAAAUACUCUCCAGGGUUCCUGCGACAGCUCUGAAACGGCUGCGACCUACUUGCAAACGAUGGAACGCUUUGUUCAAAGACCAAGGAUUCACCAAGAAGCCAUACAAAGCUCCAAAGCAGUCUCUACUUCUCAUGUUGAAGGAAUUCAAGGUUUGUCCAAUGAGCGUUGAGAUCAAUCUCAACGAUCCAUCUAUAGAGUUUAAGGAUGCACUUGUCCUAAAGGAUUUUUACCACUCUGAUUCACGACAAGUCGACAUAGUCCAAGUCUUUCACUGCGACGGAUUGUUGUUAUGUACCACAAAGCACAACAGACUCGUGGUUUGGAAUCCAUGUUCAGGGGAGACAAAAUGGAUCCAUGCCAAAACUCGUUUCAAGAAAGACUCCAAGUUUGCUCUAGGAUACCAAAACAACAAAUCUUGCCGUAGCUACAAAAUCUUGACAUGUCGGAAUCAUUACAACCCAAAUGCUGUGUUUGAAAUCUAUGAGUUUAUAUCUAACUCGUGGAGGGUUCUUGAUGACGAUGUCCCUUGGGACAACAUCAUACAUGUAGGUAAGGGAGUGUCUUUGAAAGGAAAUACUUACUGGGUUGCUUCAGAUAGAAAAGACAACGAGUCUGUAUUCAUACUCUGUUUUGAUUUCACAACAGAGAGAUUUAGACGUUUGAGUCUUCCUCCAACUCAGACGACGUGUACUAAUUUAUCUCUUGUUAGAGAAGAACAACUCUCAGUGUUGAAACAGAGCUUUUUUCCAUUAAAGAUGGAGUUGUGGGUGACUAAUAAUAAAUUUGAUAACGAAGCUGCUGCGUUGUCGUGGAGCAUAUGCUUUGCAGAUGAUUUAGAGCUUAUCGAAUUACGUUAUCCGCUUUUCAUGACUUUUUUACUCGACGAGGAGAAGAAAGUGGCGAUGUGUUGCAGACAAAGUUGUUGGGGCAGCAGGAACAUGGUGUACAUUAUUGGAGAAGACGAUGAAUAUUACACAGAAAUCCCUUUGGGAAGAUCUACAAACAAAUCAUGGAUGCCAUUUAUUUUCAACUAUGUUCCAAGUUUGGUUCAAAUCCAGUAA